AUGUCAGCAACGAAGCGAUCGACUACUAGCACAGAUGUCAAGAGCACCAUGUCGACAAAUUGGCUGGGCGCGUACGGCAACUUCAUCACCAAGAACAAUCAUCAGGUCUCACAGAUAGAAUCGACCCUACGUUCCUUAACAUACAUCAUACCUGGCCGUUUUCGGGAUGCCGAGAUUGCCUCCGAGUCCAUCCACAGCGGCGUCCAGCUCCUUUCUCUCUACCAUGAUACCCUGCUAUUCCGUGCAUCCUCCAAGCUAUCUCAGCCAUCACUCGCAAACGCGCCCUCUCCGCAUAAACGAUACAUCCGCUUUUGGUUCCUCAAGAGUCCCCUCUACCGGCGCGUAGCCUAUCUUCUGCAGAUCGUCAACUAUGUCGAGCUUUUAAUCGAGAUGGCGGCCAAGCGCCGCGGCGAGCGCAUGCGGUGGCGCGCCGUCAUCAUAAUAGAAGCCAUCAAGGCCUUUUGCAAGCUUCUUCUGCUGAGGAUAACAAAGUCACGGCCACUGAUUACCCCGGUUCUGCCCGAGCGAGAGCCUCUGCCCGAAGCGCCGACCGACGAGGAAUCCGCCUUCCAGGGGGACGACAGCGGAUACGCCAGCGCAUCAGGGUCGCCACAGCAGUCGUCACCGGAUGGAGAAUGGACCAUGCCCCGCACCGGCAUGUCGCUGCCGACAUUACCUUCGCCCGGCGACAUCAGCAGCUACCUCCUUUCGCGGGUGCUAACAGCCGACGACAUCAAGCCGGCGGCAAAACUGGUCAACCAGUUACAAGGAUCGGCGCAGGUUGCUGAGAUCCUGCAUAUUCUGUCACCAUUGGCAUUUGCAGUGGCCAUGGCUCGCAGCAAGAAUAAGCGCAAGGCCUGGGCUCCGUGGGUGCUUGGGUUGGCGAUAGAGUUGGUCGCUCGGCAGCUGCGAGAUCGCAGCCUACGGACGACGCCGCUCGAACGGGAGGAAUGGAGCCGUAGAGGCUGGGCCUUGGGGUGGUGGAUGAUGCGCGGGGCGUUCUACGAGAAUAUUACAAAGUCGAUGGUGGAGGGCGUGAGGAGACGGAUGCCGAGCUUGAUUGGAGGCAUUUUGGAGGAUUAUGAGUACCUCUGGGAGAAUUAUCAUUUCAGCACCAGCCCGUAG